AUGUUCGUUAUGUCGUGGCCCACAACUUUGUUCACAUGCGCCUUUUUCUUCGCGGUCUACACUUUUAUAAGCCACUUAAAACCAGACGUCAACUGGGGUACAUCCACUACUGCUACCACAUAUAAACAUGCACUGAAUGGAGUGAUGAAGCUCACCAAGGACGAGCCUCACGUCAAGAACUAUCGCCCGCAGGUGCUUGUACUGAGUGGAGUACCACACGAGAGGCUGUCACUGAUCCAAUUGGGUAGCAGUAUCACUCGAGGAGCAAGUCUGCUGCUAUGCGGAAACGUCAUAUAUGAACCGAGCUCUGAAGAACUCAGCAAACAGUUGGCAACAGCUCGCAAAAUCGAGGAGAUGUCCCAGGCGGCGAUACGAAGGCAACACGUCAAGGCUAUCUGUAAGGUGGUCGUUGCUCCAUCUUUAGAGAAUGGCUGUAUGAUGCUCUAUCAGAUAUGCGGUUUGGGUCGAAUGUCACCGAACAUCGUCUUACUUGGUUUCAUGCAAAGCGCUGUGAAGGAUCGUGGAGCUGUAAAAUUAGAGACGAGGAAUGCCUAUGUGCGAAUCAUUCAGCAAGCCUUCUACAGUGGUAUGGGCGUAGCGGUACUCAGAACUAGCCCAAAAAAUCCAUUUAACGUUCCGUCAGCACCACCAUCUGACGCUGAGAGUCAAGAAGAAUCGACUGUGUCCAAUAGUACUGAGCUGAGCAAUAUUUCAAACAAGAAAUUCACAAUUGACGUCUGGUGGCUGAGUGAUGAUGGAGGAUUGACGCUUCUUGUGCCGUAUCUUCUAACUCUGAAAGGGAGCCAUCUCAAGGGUGCUAACCUUCGCGUAUUCACGAUAGCUGCCGAAGGGGAAUCUGUUUCUUCAGAAGAAAAGCGAAUGGCAUCGUUGCUGGAGAAAUUCCGUAUCCACUAUAGCUAUCUACACGUAGUUCCGGCAUUUACAAAACCAGAUGAGAAAAUAAGUAAUCAGUUCUACAAGUCACUGGAGCAGUUCAUGGGCGAAAACAACGAAGGUCUAAUUUCCCGGGAUGAAUUGACCAGAAUGCAAAACAGAACCGCUAGGCACAUCCAAACGGGAACUCUUCUGAGGAACUUCUCCUCCAGAGCAGAUUUAGUGGUCGUGUGA